UCGCCACUGCCCUUUGUUGGGAGAGUGAAGGAGAUAGGAUUCACAAAGGAUGAAUGCGCGAUAGAUAAAACCCUUGCUCUUCUUCUUCUACCUCCAGCUUCGAUUGUUCUCAGCCUCGGUAGUUUAGUUUGGUAAGGAUGAUAACUGGAUGCAGCACACCAAGUGCACAUGUUCUAACGAGCUCUCGGGCAUUCAAGUCAUCAUCAUACAGAGCUGCUGCAUCAGGACAGACUCAAUAUCGUCUUGCUCGAAGUUCAUUGUCUGUCAUAAAGAACUCGUGGGGAUCACCUUCACCAUUUAAUGAGCUUCAUUCCAGAGUGCCGAGAGGUGUGCCUCUGUCAUAUCUGUCAGCCUCGUCUUCUCUGCUUCUGAAUGGAGAACAAGGUAGUCUGUCUGGUACAUUACCUGUGUUACCUGUCCGUAGAAAAACCCUCUUGACCCCGCGAGCAUCAAAAGAUGUACCUUCCAGCUUCCGGUUUCCUCCAAUGACCAAAAAGCCACAAUGGUGGUGGAGAACUUUGGCAUGCCUACCUUACCUAAUGCCUCUGCACGAAACUUGGAUGUACGCAGAAACCGCUUACCAUCUCCACCCGUUCCUAGAAGAUUUUGAAUUCUUAACCUACCCAUUUUUGGGCGCCAUUGGAAGACUGCCAAGCUGGUUCCUCAUGGCAUACUUCUUUGUAGCUUAUCUAGGGAUAGUGCGAAGAAAAGAAUGGCCUCACUUCUUCAGGUUCCAUGUAGUGAUGGGUAUGCUUCUUGAAAUCGCUCUUCAGGUUAUUGGAACCGUUAGCAAGUGGAUGCCUCUCGGAGUCUAUUGGGGUAAGUUUGGGAUGCACUUCUGGACCGCUGUUUCGUUUGCUUAUCUGUUUACCGUCCUGGAAAGCAUACGGUGUGCACUUGCGGGCAUGUACGCCGAUAUCCCAUUCGUCUGUGAUGCUGCGUAUAUCCAGAUCCCUUACGACUAAUAAAUAAUAGGAAAACAUCAGUAGAUCUUUGUAUUAACUGUGUUUGUUAGGGCCUCCUUGUGUUGUUACUAUGUCUCUUCUUGAAAUAUGUUUGUAAUAUUUCAUCGUUUCAUGAACUCAGCCCUCAAAAUUUCAGGACUUUUGAACAUGGAUAAAACCAAGAAAAAUCUCAAGUUUUUAUGA